ACGCGACGUCCCCACGGUGUAUAAGAUCUCACCUUGCCCACCGUUGUGUAAGCUGUCUCCACCACAUAAGUAUCUUAACUUGAAGCAACAAGCCACUUGCACGUCAUACCAUCAGCGGUCGUCAAUAUAGACCUAGUGAGAGAGAAUACCAACACUCGUCUCUACACACGUUUUCGCGAGCACACAGACGUAUCGACUCCUGUCCUCACUGUUAUACAACUGUAAAUCGAGAGCGAUGGAUUCUCAAUCAUUCGAUUACUGGAUGGCACAAGGCAACUAUAUCGCACCACCACACCAGACAGCCAUAUUCGAGAUGCCUCCAGAUCUCUCUAAAGUUCCGAGUCUGAGUGGAUCACCUGUCUCUUCUACAUAUGACCAGUUUCCUGCACAUAUCCACCAAGCUUACUACCCUCACAUCGUCGACGAACCCAUGCACUUUGGAUCAUAUCCCAUGCCCAUGACCCCCUCGGAUUUUGGCUCAGAGCAUGAUAGCCCAUAUUGCAGUCCGAGGCCACUACAGCACACUGAACCUACUUUCGGAACUACCCACAAGCCUGCACCAGCAGAACGAACCCACACUACUUCGGGACGCCGAAGAGCUCAGAAUCGUGCCGCCCAACGUGCGUUUCGAGAGCGCAAAGAAAAGCACGCCAGAGAUCUUGAAGCCCAGCUCUCGAUCCUAAACGACAAGUACACCAAGCUCGAAACAUCGCACACGGAACUCAAUGCUGCCUAUGAAAAGCUCCGAAGGACAAUCGAGCUUCUCACACAGGACGACGAUGCGGAGGGUGAAGACGAGGAAGGAACAAUCGCCCGUAGACGAGGGAGCAAUUCCGACACCCUCCGCAAGCUCCUGGAUAUAUUGCAUGGAGAGUUCAAGGGAACGGCACCGGUGAAAACAGAAGUAUCCUAGUCUGCGGACAUUCAACAUGGGGUAACAGAUUUCCAUGAUUCUUACUUCGCUUCUUGUCUAUACCCUUUUUGCUUUUGCGUUAAAACCAGCGGUCAUUGGACGAUGUGUUUAAGG